AUGUAUAUUGAGGAAUUGAAAGUAGGGGAAGUUGGAGGUGUGGAAGAAGGGAAUUCAUGCCCUGGAAAUAACGAUUUUGGUAGCAGAAGCAUCGUUGGUUCGGAUGCCAAACGGGUUUUGAUCGGCGCUGGGGCUCGUGCGCUGUUUUACCCGACUCUGCUUUACAAUGUCAUCAGGAAUAAGCUUCAGGCUGAGUUUCGGUGGUGGGACAAGGUCGAUGAGUUUGUAUUGUUAGGUGCAGUUCCAUUCCCUACCGAUGUGCCCCGCUUAAAGGAAGUUGGAGUUUGUGGAGUCAUCACACUUAAUGAGCCAUAUGAGACUUUGGUUCCAACGUCUCUUUAUCAUUAUCACGGAAUUAACCAUCUGGUGAUUCCUACAAGAGAUUACUGCUUUGCACCAUCACUGAGUGAUACAUGUCGUGCUGUAGACUUCAUUCAUGAAAAUGCAUCUUGUGGACAGACAACAUAUGUUCACUGUAAAGCUGGACGAGGGCGUAGUACUACCAUUGUUAUCUGUUACCUGGUCCAUCACAAGCAGAUGACACCUGAUUCUGCCUAUGAAUAUCUGAAGUCAAUUCGUCCUAGGGUGCUUUUAGCCCCUUCUCAGUGGCAGGCUGUACAGGAAUACUACUAUAUAAUGGUGAAGAAAGCUGUUGUUUACAGCCGCAUGACCAAUCUAAUGAUUCGAUCCCUGCAGUCUGUUUCCUCACAGGAUCUAGUUCCAUUCGACGAAGGCUCUGUAGUAGUGAUAACUGAAUCAGAUCUUGAAGGAUAUGAUGCAAAUCACCAAUCAGGUGCUGUGGGAAGUGAGAUAUGGGCAGACGUAAGUGUUGUCUAUCGGGUUCGAGUAGCCGGUCAGGCAGCUCUGGAAAGAAUCUCAUGUCUGUGGCUCCGCUGCCGCGCCCACCAGAAGAUGUCAGGAGAGAACUUCGGCAGGGAAAGCAGCUGCUCGAUGAGGGCUGAUCAUAUGGGAAGCAUUAAUGUGGACAUACAAGUCUACUAA